AUUAAACCUAAAUUCAUUACAAUAUCACUCCGGGUCACUAGCGAAUGAAACCUUAAAAACUCAGCUGCAACUACACGUGGAAGUAUGAUGAACCUUAAGAGCACAAAACGGCAACAACAUAACCUAAAUCCAAUGUAAACGGAAUGCUACCUCUUAUCAGUAGUAAGUACUAAGUACCAUCUUAUUGGUAAAACCAUUACUCCAAAUUACCAUUCUUAAACAAAUUCUCAAUCAUUAAAGGCUAAAUAAAGCAAACCCUUCUUCACCACUUUUUUCUUCCCCACACCCCACCACUUUAAUGCAAUAAAAACUCCAUCUUUUUACUUUACUGGGAUCUGGGUCUCUUUCUAUUUCCCUUCAAAGACAAAGUAGACUUUGUCUUCCACUCACAUUAAAAGUAGACUCUGUCAUAUGUGAAGUUCGAAUGUUGUUUCUUAAUCAAUGUUUUUGUUCUUGAGUCACUACAGAAGAUAGUAAUGAGGGUGUGGAGGGUUCAUCAUCAAAACGAUCAAAGGCAAUGUUCAUAUGGUGUUUUGAGGUGGGUUUUGGUUUGGAUUAGUGUGUGUUACAUUGUAUUCACAAUUGGACCACCAUCAAGAUGGCGCUUGAAGGAAUCUUCUUGUCCUCAAUGUGAUGAUUGUUACUGCUCUUCAGCUGAAUAUCCACUUGGUUCUCUAGAUUGUGGAAAACAUGAUCCAGCAAUGAAUGUGGAAAUGACCAAGGAUCAACUAACAAUGUUAUCUGAGGAGUUAAAGUUGCAGAAAGUUGUAGCCAAUGAGACCUUGGAACACACCAAAAGAUUAGUCACAAAUGCCAGAAAUACUUUUUCACAUUAUAAAUCAGAAGCAGAAAAGUGCAAUAUAGGGAUGGAAACUUGUGAAGAAGCGAGGGAGAGGGCAGAGGCAGAGCUUGUGGAAGAGCGUCGGUUGACAGCCAUUUGGGAAAAUCGAGCUCGCGAUUAUGGGUGGAAGGACACGAGAUAGAACACACUUAACUACUAAGUAGUACUAACUGUCGUUGCUUUAUGUUAAUGCUUCAUUGUAGCAUGAAGGAAGAUAAUGAGUUAAUUAUAAUUUUUCCUCAUACAUUGGUUAUAAGCAAUAUAUUUCUUUAUAUUUUUACAA